AAUUGAUAUUAAUGUAGUAUUAAUAGUUCUCAGAAAGCGAACAAUAGCAAUCUACAUUAAAUUUAGGAUUAUUUUAUUUAUUUUACAAUUCAGGUAGUGGGAGUGUUAAGGCUAAUUAGUUUUGUGUAUUGGAUGUAUUAUUUGAUUAAUAAUUUAGUGUGCUGAUAUCACUUUAAUUGUUGAUGGUAAAGAAGUGCAAAUCUCUUUCUUCAGCAUUCAAAAUGUGGCUUCCAGAAAUUAGGGUUAUAGCAAAUUGAAGGAUGAUUUAAGUUCAAGUACCUUAUUUGUAUAAUUCAGAUAAUAAAUAAAUCCCAAUCGUCAUAGCAGGAGGAGAUGGUUCCAUGAUGUGGGUGAUAGAGUAAAUGAUCUAACAAAAAAUUGAUAUCAAUCAAAUAGUUAUUAUUCCAUUACCUUGUGGAACAGGAAAUGAUUUUUCAAAUGCAUUAGGUAGUGUUAACAUAAUGUAUUCAAGGGUGGGAUACUGAUAUACCAGGAAACAUGCUAGAAAACGACUAUCGAAUUCUAAAGCAAUAUAUAAGAUUUUGGUAGAAAGGCCAUCAAUGCUUUUUUGACAUUUGGGAUAUUACUAUCUAAACUCAAUAGGAUGGAUACUUUUAAGAGAUAAAGAAGAAUGAGAAGGGCUAUACCAAAUAAAGUGUCAAAGACCUUGAUGGGAUGAAUACUAACAUUUUGGAAAAGAAAAUGUCCAACUACUUUAGUAUUGGAGUGGAUGCAAGGAUUGGAUAUGGGUUUGAUAAGAAUAGAACAACCAAUAGACAUCUCAAUAAAAUUUGCUAUUGUUUAUAAGGCAUAUAAAAGAUGUUCUUGAAAAACCCAAGAUUAAAUCAAGUUGUGGAAUUUGUUGAACACUUUGUAUUUAUUUAUUGAACCUUAAUAUCUUAGAAUCAUAAGGAAUAGAAAACCCUAUUCAAAACUGUGAAUUGCCAAGAUAAAAAUGCUUUAACUGUUCCUGGAAAUCCUGCAACUUUAGUAUGUUUGAACAUCAAUUCAUAUGCUGCUGGGAUUACAGAUAUUUGGAAAAAUGGAAAAACUCCACCAGAAUUUUUGCAAAAGAACAAAUUAUAUUCUGAAAAAACCUCAUUCUCUGAUGGAUUAUUAGAAUUUAUAUCAUUCGAUUCUAUUGCAGGAAUUGGAUCUGAAAGGUUAAAUCUCAUUUAUGAAUCUUAAAUAGAGUAUUGGCUGGCAAUGCAACAAGAUUGGCUUAAACUAAUGGACCUUUGCUUAUUAAAUUUUAAGAAUCAAAUUAAAACAACACUGUAAAUAGUUACAUCUAAAUUGAUGGUCAAUAUUUUUCUAUCAUCAAUCCUUUGAGUGUGGAAAUUUAACCAUGUCGACAAUUACCUCAAGGCAAAAUAAGAAUUUUAAUGAAGGAUUGA